AUCCAGACAAACGGACUAAAUAUUCUUAUAAUUUUAAAAAACAAUAUGUAAUAUAAAAAUAUUUAAAAUUUCUCAAUUUCAUUUCUCUCUUUAAAGAUUUGAAAAAGCAUUUAAUGAGUAUUAAUCUUCUGCAGGACGAGAUCCUAGAGCUGCUCCAAAGUAUACAAGACCAUCAUGAAUCUCCUAUUGCAGUUACAGAGCUGUUAACUGCAAGUAUGUCAAAUAACAUUUCGUCGCUUAUAUUUGGUAAAAGACUAAAAGCCGACAAUCCUAAGAGGCAAAAACUAGAUAAGCUGGUGAACGAAAUCGGCCGACUUGGUGAAGCUCUUUCCUGGCAGGCGUUUUUCCCUUGGAUCAGAGCCUUCAUGUCAUUCUGUAAUAUCGGCGACAGAGGAAAGCUAUCAAAAGCUAAUUCAGAAUUAAGGAACUUUUGCAGAAAAGAGAUAGAGGAACAUGAAAGGACUUUGGAUCCAACUAACAUACGAGAUUAUAUUGAUGGUUAUUUAAUAGAGAUUAAGAAAAGGGCCGAUGAUCCUGAUUCUACCUUUACAAAGGAGGUUCUAGUGGAUAUGGCAAGAGGGUUCUUGAUUGCCGGAGGCGACACAGCUCGUGUGUCAGUGGAGUGGCUAGUACUGUUAUGUGCUGCUUUUCCAGAAGUGCAGAUAAAAAUCCAGAAGGAAAUCGACGACGUCAUUGGGCAAGAACGAUUUCCAACUAGAGCGGAUUAUCUUCAGAUGCCCUACACAGAGGCUGUUAUUCUGGAGACGAAUAGGUGGAAAACAAUUGCACCUCUGAAUGUAAUGAGAGCCACAUUAAAGGAUACUGAACUGAAUGGUUAUUUCAUUCCAAAACAUUCUCAAGUUCUAGCCAUAUUAUACGCAGUUCAUUAUGAUAAAAAACUCUGGGGAAACGAUACUGACGUCUUCCGACCUGAAAGAUUUUUGAGCGAAGAUGGAAAAAGAGUUAUUAAGCCUGAAUACCACAUUCCUUUUUCUAUCGGAAAACGAUCCUGUCCCGGAGUACCACUGGCAGAAAUGGAGGUAUUCAUAUACUUAACAGCAAUACUACAAAAAUUCGAUGUCUUCAUGCCAGCUGGAAAAGUACCGGAUCUUGAAGGUUUCCUAGGAUUAACAUUUCAACCUAAAAAACAAGAAUUUAUUUUCAAAUUAAGGCAGUAAAGUUAUUUGUGCCUCAAACAUUCGGCUAAGAAUCCCGGUUUUAUCAAGUAGAGUACAAGCAUGAAAAUCCUAGAUUAUAUGGGACAGAUAUUCCAAGAGCUGCCAUUACAAUGGUUCCGGAAAGCAUUUAACUUAUUUUAUUAAAAUA